GUAUAAACUGUACACAAUCGCUAGACCAUCGUCGACGGUGACAAACGUCGGCGCAUGCGCAUCGACGUUGCGUUUAUACGUUACACUUACAAAUUACGAACUUGAACUGUGAAGAUAUGUGUAGUGAUAAUCGUUGGUUGUGAAUUCCCUUAAUAAUUCUAAAAGAUUCUUGUGAUGCAAUUAUGGCUGUCGACGGUAAACGAGAUGAAAAAUCACUUAAUGUUACUAAAGGCAAUAACUUAAAUACAAAUAAUAUAAUUAGGAAUAGUAUAAGAAAAAGCAAAAUGGAGAAAGUGCAAAAUGAGAAACUGGGACAGGACGACACAGAUAAUUGGGAAGAACUAAAUUUUGUUCAAAAAACUAAACGAAUGAUGUCUCUUAUUACAGUAGAGCCAAUUUUGGCAUGCUAUGUGAUGCCGUCGGUUCUUUCUGCAUUAGCUACGCAAAAUUUGUACUUAGAGAAGGCCUGUAGAGUUAAUUUGGCAUAUGAACACCAUAUAUGUGAUGCUUUAACUCGAAGAGAAACUCAAAAUUACACAUUCGAAGAAGAAGCUGUUCAAAAACUAGUAGCUUCAGUGGCAGGAUGGAAAACAGUAUUACAAUCAUUCCUGCCUUGUGGAAUUUUAAUAUUUCUUGGCGCCUACAGUGAUAGAGUGGGACAACGAAAAUUUUGCAUGCUCCUGCCAAUUAUUGGAGAAUUUUUAACGAGUGUUGGUCUCAUUGUGAAUACUUAUUUCUUUUAUGAAUUACCAGUAGAAGUGGCAGCAGUAACAGAAGCAAUAUUUCCAGCUUUAACAGGUGGCUGGUUUACUAUGUUCAUGGGAGUAUUCAGUUAUAUCGCAGAUGUAACUACAGAAGAACAAAGGACGUUAAGAAUCGGAAUAGUCAACCUAUUUUACUCUUUAGGAGUACCAGUGGGUGCAGCUCUUAGUGGAAUAUUAGUGAGAAAAAUUGGUUUAUAUGGUGUUUUUGCUUUAAGUGCAUCUUUGUAUCUUAUAAGUUUUUUCUAUGGAUAUUACAGAAUCAAAGAAGUCAAGAAAUCAACUGACAUCAAAACAACCAGUUGCUGCCAAUGGCUGAAGGUAUUCUUUGAUGUACGGUAUGUGAAGGAGACACUGAUGGUAGCUUUCAAACAAGGCCCGAAUAACAGAAGAUUGCGAGUCAUUAUGCUGGUAGUCGUACUAUGUGUCGUUAUUGGACCUAUUUACGGUGAGAUGUCUGUGAUGUACUUAUUCACACGAUAUCGAUUCAAUUGGAACGAAGUUGAUUUUAGCAUGUUCUCUACUUACGCAAUGUGUACAUCAUUAGUUGGAACUUUGUUUUCCGUUGGAGUCUUUAGUCAUUUGUUAAAGUUUGACGACGCAAUUAUUGGAGUAAUAUCUUGCACAAGUAAAAUUUUAUCCGGAUUUAUGUAUGCCUUUGCAACAAAAACUUGGCAAAUCUAUAUUGCUCCAUUAGUUGAGAUUUUUAAUGGAACAUCGUUUAUAGCGAUGAGGUCUAUGGUGUCAAAAUUGGUAGAGCGGGAUGAAUUAGGCAAAGUGAAUUCAUUCUUUGGUUUAGCUGAAGCUAUGAUGCCGUUGGUGUAUGCGCCCAUGUACACAACAGUAUACACGGCGACUAUAAAAAGUUUCCCGGGAGCAUUUUUCCUUCUCGGUGGAGGACUUACUGUACCAGCAGUUGUCAUAUUCUUAUGGUUGUAUUUAGCAAACAAAAAACAAAUCAACGCAGAAGCGGCUGCUGCCGUCAAGGAAAACAUGGCUAGAACAGAGGAAAAACAAGAAAAAACAGGACUCGAGAAUAAAGCUUUCGAAACUGAUGAAACUACAUCGAGUGACACAAAAAAAGUACAAGAUACAAAUCAGACACAGGUAAUCAAUGAAAAGGCAGACGAUAACAUAAAUCAGUCUCAAAUAGAAAUGGGUUUUACUGAAAGCAUGCUAUGUACUAGUAAACUUUAG